UCCCUUCCCCCGAGUCAUUGAUUUCUAAAAUUGGGUCACUGAAUUAUAUUAUUAGACCCCAAAAAACUCCGCUUUACUUUCUCUGAAAAUUAAGAUUAAAAAAAAAUAAAAAUGAGUCUCAGUAGUAAAUUUCUUCUUCAGCAGCAGCAGCAGCAGUAUAAUCAAGGUUUCAAAUUUUUGCAUCAGAAAUCUCAGCCUUGCUUUUACCAACACACUCUUGUUUCUUUUCCCAAGAAAUGGAAAUGCUUCCACUCCUCAGGGGUACGAUUAAAGGGGUUCUCAUCAACUAUGCAAUCCACAUUGGCAAGUGGUAAUUCAAGACUGUUAAUUAGUAGAUGUAUCUCAGAAAAGUUCUCUGAUUCGCUUGGGCCUAGUGACUCUGAAUCACUUGAGAAUCUGAAACAAAAAGAGAACACCCUAUUGACAAUUUUGAAGGGAGCAAACUCUUUUCUGCCCCAUGUGGUUAUUGGUAGCACAAUUUUGGCUCUUAUAUAUCCACCUUCUUUUACGUGGUUUACCAACAGGUACUAUGCCCCUGCAUUGGGGUUUUUAAUGUUUGCAGUUGGAGUCAACUCAAGUGAAAAAGACUUUCUUGAAGCUUUCAAGAAACCAGCUGCAAUUUUUGCUGGUUAUAUUGGUCAAUUUGCUGUGAAGCCCCUGCUCGGGUAUCUUUUCGGCACACUUGCAAUGACCAUAUUUGGCCUUCCAACUUCCUUAGCUGCAGGGAUUAUGUUGACCUCUUGUGUUAGUGGAGCACAGCUGUCAAAUUACGCUACUUUUCUAACAGAUCCACAAUUGGCCCCUCUUAGUAUAGUGAUGACAUCGUUAUCGACAGCUACUGCUGUUUUUGUCACCCCUAUUUUAUCAUUAUUGCUUAUUGGCAAAAAGUUGCCUGUGGAUGUUAAGGGAAUGGUUUCCAACAUACUGCAGAUUGUCGUUGCACCUGUUGCUGGUGGACUGCUUCUGAAUGGAUUCUUUCCGCAGAUUUGUAAUGCAAUUCGGCCGUUGUUGCCUCCACUAUCAGUUUUUGUGACUGCUCUUUGUGUUGGAGCUCCGCUUGCUAUUAACAUAGAGUCUCUCGUAUCCCCAUCUGGAAUGUCUGUUUUGUUGCUUGUGAUUGCAUUUCAUUUGUCGGCGUUCAUCUUAGGUUAUUUACUUUCCGGCAUAGCCUUUCACAGAGCACCAGACGUCAAAGCUCUACAAAGAACGCUGUCAUAUGAAACAGGCAUGCAGAGCAGUCUUCUUGCCCUUGCUCUUGCGAAUAAGUUUUUCCAAGAUCCUCUUGUUGGUGUCCCUCCAGCUAUAUCAGUUGUGAUCAUGUCAUUAAUGGGCUUCUCUCUAGUAAUGCUGUGGGCUAAGAAGAAAGAAACUGUUAUUGGGUGAUAUAAGAUAUUAUACUUCUAAAAGUGAUCUUAAAUAGAAUAUCCACCAAGUUCGAACCGUGCACGAGCUGACCUUAGGAGAUUUCUCGGUUAUUAGAAAGAAAAAACGAGAAAAAAGAGGAGAUCUUGAAAAAAUCUCCGUCGCGGAGGUUCUUGUGGUGUCAAGAACCUUACAAUUAAAGAAUGGUAUCAUAUCACCACAAUUUUAUGUGGAAUGUGUUUUUUCUCCUCAUCAUUCCAUCUGUAAUUUUUCAAGAAAUGUGCUGCCCAAAAGGCUCUUUGUUGAAGAUUUCAAUUGCCUUGUAUUACUUUUUGGACAAAUGCCUUGUAUUAUUAAGGGAUUGAUAAGCACACUGAGCUCAGAUUCAUAAAGUUUUAAGCUUCAAAUUUGUGGUAUUGUGAUUCA